AUGCCGCCAAAACGAAAGCGAUCCACCACUCUCACCUCCGUAACAAAAUCAGCCAUGGAUCCUGUGCAACCAUCGUCUCGCGAUGCGUCUGAUGAAGGCGUCCAAGACACUGUCCUUCAGGGAGUCACGUCGAAGAAGGAGCGACAGGCUGAUGCGGCUGGUGUACCAAAGCGAACGCGCUCUGUAAAGAGUGUAAAUUAUGCCGAGCCGGAGGAAUCGGACGACGAGGGCUCGCGCGUGAGCAAAAAGAGCCGGAGAACAUCGUCAAGCGAUGAGCACGGAGAGAACGGCGAGGCGGGGACAAUGCGCAUGGAUGCUCCUCCCAAGGCGGGCCUAGUCGACCCAGUGGGCUUCAAGACGAACCCACCACCCCAGGGACGACCCGUAAAGAUCUAUGCAGAUGGUGUUUUUGACCUGUUCCACAUCGGGCACAUGCGCCAGCUCCAGCAGGCCAAGACUGCGUUCCCGGAAGUAGUCCUUAUCGUCGGAGUCACGGGAGACAAGGAAACGCACAGGAGGAAGGGUCUCACUGUUCUGUCUGCGCGGGAGCGAGCCGAGAGCGUGCGACAUUGCAAAUGGGUCGACGAGGUCAUCGAGGACUGCCCUUGGAUUGUCACUGCGGAUUUUCUUGAGCAGCACCAGAUCGAUUACGUAGCCCACGAUGACCUUCCCUAUGGCGCAGACGAGGGCGAUGACAUCUACGGCGAGAUCAAAGCAAAGGGCAUGUUCCUGGUCACGCAGCGAACCGAGGGUCUGAGCACGACAGGCAUCAUCACCAAGAUCGUGCGCGACUACGACCAAUACAUCGACCGCCAGCUCAAGCGCGGCACGUCGCGCAAGGAGCUGAAUGUCUCGUGGCUGAAGAAGAACGAGCUCGACUUCAAGCGUAACAUGACCGAGUUCCGCGACAGCAUCAAGGCCAACUGGUCGACAACCGGCCAGGAACUCAGCAAAGAUUUCCGUCAGUUCUGGCAAGCAAGUCGUCCUGCAAGCCCCGCCAGGACGCCUACGCACGAGAGGGCGGCUGAUGCAAACGACUCAAGUGCUGGCUCUCUUAGGUCACCGUCCGCUUUGUCGCGUAUGAGCCACUUGGACAUCCCGCAAGCCAACCGCGGUGGCGAGAGGGGAUCGUCUGAAUUUGCGGCUGGGUACAGUUUGGGACUGAUUGGUGGUGUGCGCGCUUGGAUGGCCCGCAGCCAACGCAAUUUGAACGACAGCCGACCGCAAAGCCCAGAGGACGAAGACAGUCCCGACGAGCAUGAGCCGCCGCGUGGACGCACCGGCAAGCAAACCAAGGCGGAGGAUAAAGACAUGGACGUCGACUAG